AUGGCUGAUGAGUGUUAUUCACAAUCAUUAGAUAUCGGAUCUUCAAUUGUUCUCAUUACUGGUGGUUCAAGUGGUAUUAGUUUUGAUCUUGCACAAUGUUUUAUUCAAGCAGUUUAUGAAAUUGUACCACCAGCUGUUCAAACAAAUCUUGGUGGUAGUCAUUCAUUUGGUGAACCACUUGUUGGAUAUUAUGAAGCAAGAAAAACGAACUCACGUGAAGAUGUUGAUAAACAUUUUAUGAAAUUUAAUGAUAAUAUGAAGAAAGUAUUUCAAAGUCAACAACAUUAA